GACGGCGUCGUCGUACGUUCGUUCCUUCUCCUUUCCCUCACCUCUCUCUCUCGUCCUUAUUGUGGAUGGGUGGAGAAGCCAUAGUCGAAGCUCACGAAGCACAAUUCCCUUGUCGUUUUUGAUCCUGCUUCGAAAGGGUUUUUGUAGUUAAAAAAAAAAGGUUCCUUUCUGCUGGGUCUGAUCUGGGGAUUCGGUUGGAUUUGGGGGCUAUUGGGGUUUUCCAUUGAUCUGUUGGAAAUUUGAUGGUUGGAUUUAUGGAAUGGGCCUGUGAGUGCCUCCUGUGGGAUGCGUUCAUCGAAUGCGGCGGCAUCCGAAACCCGCCGAUUAGAUAGCGCAAAGAGAAAGGAGGCGGAGGAGGAGGAGGAGGAGGUGAAUAGAGAGUUCGCGCUGUUUCGAGACAGAGUGAUGGGAGAAGAUCUCCUCACCACUUUAUCCAUGGAUAACCACCACCAUCCCUCCACCCUCCUCUCCAUAGAACCUUCCGGAAACCCAUCAUCGUCUUCCUCCCACGAGGAUGUCGACCACCGUGAACCCAUGAUCCACCACCGCCCCCCCGCGACUCUAUCUGGCCCCCCUGAUAUAAACCUUCCCUUUUCGGAUGAAAUCUCUCCGCCACACCACUCAUGGAACUCGGAUGCUUGCGAUAAUAUAUUCGACAUCAGCACAGGCCCCCAGCUUUAUGACCCAGAUUCUAUGCUCAACCUCCCAAAGAUUACCAACCGCAAAUUUGCCAAAAGAGGAGAUAGCAUUUGGGGUGCGUGGUUCUUCUUCAAUAACUACUUCAAACCUACAUUAACUGAUAAAUCAAAGAAUAAGGCCGGCGUUAGGGAUGCGAACUUCGAUAAGUCGGAUUUGAGGCUCGAUGUCUUCUUUGUCCAGCACGACAUGGAGAACAUGUACAUGUGGGUUUUCAAGGAGAGGCCUGAGAAUGCCCUAGGCAAGAUGCAGUUAAGGAGCUUCAUGAAUGGCCAUUCACGGCUUGGCGAACCGCAGUUCCCGUUCAGCGCCGAUAAGGGUUUUGUCCGGUCCCACCGAAUGCAGCGCAAGCAGUACCGUGGUCUGUCCAACCCUCAGUGUAUCCAUGGAAUUGAGAUCGUGAGAUCGCCUAAUCUUGCCCUAAUUCCUGAAAGCGACCUCAAGAAAUGGGUGGAAUUAACAGGAAGGGAGCUUAAUUUCCCAAUCCCGCCUGAAGCUAGUGAUUUUUGUUCAUGGAGGAAUCUUAAUUCUGCUGAUUUCGAGCUUGAAAGACCAAAGCUGUUGAAUGGGUCGGGCUUAAAUCUAUUGUCGCAAGCAAAUCAUUCUAUUGGUAAUGGAUUGGAUCAUUCUUCACUAUGCAAUAAACGCAGAAUCGAUGAGGAGUGCUUCUUGCCACUAAAUUCUACUUCAGAGAGAGCCCAAGAUGUGGAGAUGAAUAACCCAAUUGAACCUUUGUGGGCAAAUGAAUUUAACGGUGUAAUGAGACACGCAAGUGGCCCCGUGACCGCAUCGAAAACUAUUUAUGAGGAUGAGGGGGGGUAUCUUAUAUUGGUUAGCUUACCUUUUGUGGAUCGUCAAAGGGUGAAAGUUUCAUGGAGGAAUACUCUCACUCAUGGGAUAGUUAAAAUACUUUGUGUUAGUACUGCAAGGAUGUCGAAUAUAAAGAGGCAUGGUAGGACCUUUAAGUUAAUGGAUCCUUUUCCUGAACAUUGCCCGAUGGGGGAAUUCACGAGAGAGAUACCGCUUGCUACAAGGAUUCCAGAAGAUGCUAAGCUUGAAGCCUAUUAUGAUGAGAGUGGUGCAGUACUCGAGAUUAUGGUCCCAAAACAUAGUUCCGGGCCAGAAGAACACGAAGUUAGGGUCUGCAUGCGGCCCUCUCAACUUGGAGGUAGUGAUCUUAUGCUAACAUAAGUAUUUUGAUUGUAGUGUGGAAUUAAUAUUUGUUUGGUUGCGUUAGUGUCUGCCGAAGAACGUGGCCUUUCCAUAGUAUGGUUGGGUUAUUAGUAGAACUACUGCGAGUUUGCUUGUUAGAAGGUUUUGGAGAGAUGGUGGUCAUGUCUAACUAUCUAUUUGAGUCGAAUAAAAUCUUGCUUGUAUUUGUGUUGGCUCUUUUAAAUAACAUAGGUAAUGGAAUUGUAGUUUUUGAGAACAUCUUUUGUGCGCUUUGUAGCUCAUAAGUGCAAUGACUUGGCCUUUUGGCUUUUCUCUGUGAAGUUACUGUAAUUUCUUAUGUUC